UUCUACAAUCUCCAUUACAUUCUUUUCCAAUUAAAACUAUCUUCACUCCUUCAAACUUUCUCAACCCAAAUCCAAAAUGCAGUUCUCCACCAUCGCCAUCACUAUCUUCUCUACCUUCAUGGCCACCACCUACGCAUUGCCCGCCGUCGAAGGCGUCGACUUCAACAACCUCAACGAACGUGAUGAGGUGAUGUGCGGUGGUAAGUGGUGCCACCCGAACUGCUGCUUGCCGGGUAUUCUGGGCCACCCUGCCAGCGUCACCUGCACGACCUCUUGCUAGAGAGCUUCUUCGACCUCUCUCCUUUCUCGAGCGUUCUGCAUUCAGUCUGAGACAAGGGAGCUUUUUUUUCUCGAUG